AAGAUGUUCAUCGGCGGCCUCAACUGGGAAACGACCGAUCAAUCGCUCAAAGACUACUUCUCCCAAUUCGGCGAGGUGGUUGAAUGCACCGUCAUGCGUGACGGCCAGUCCGGCCGUUCGCGUGGUUUCGGAUUUCUGACGUUCAAGGACCCGAAGACAGUCAACACGGUCAUGGUGAAGGAACAUUCCCUCGACGGAAAGCUCAUCGAUCCCAAGCGUGCCAUUCCAAGAGACGAACAAGAACGAACCGCCAAAAUUUUCGUCGGUGGCGUGUCACAAGAAGCGACCGAACAGGACUUUAAGGAAUUCUUCAUGCAAUUCGGACGUGUGCUGGAUGCCACGUUGAUGAUGGACAAGGACACCGGCCGGCCCCGUGGUUUCGGUUUCGUCACGUUCGAUGAUGAGAAGGCUGUAGAACGCACGCUCGAGGGCCCGCUCGCGAUUCUGGGCAAGGGGAUCGAGGUCAAGAGAGCGCAGCCGAGG